AAACGUCCGUCGUCUUCCUAUAGUUCUCGAGUCGAGUUCAGGACGUUCUGUGAAGGCAGAGCGCUCUGUGUCGGGUGUAGCUAACGAACCGAGAAAAGCGGCUUUUCCCUCAGUUGAUACAACAAAAGGACACACACCGUCAGAGUCUGGAAGUCUGCGGAACGCUUCGAGGCGGCGAUGGAUGUGUCCAAGUGGUGUACGAUGUGUGUGGUUUAGUGCAAACAGAAGGCAAAACUGACUGGGACUAAACAUUACAACCAAAGCCAAAGGACUCCCGGACCCCGGAAAACCACAUCGGAACAAACCUCUCGCUUUCUUCGCCUAUUUUCCCCUUGGAGACACAACCCACAUCAGCAAACUCACAAAAGUUCCAAUCUUGCGCUCCGAAGGGAACGUCAUCGACCCGAUCUCUCACUGGGUGAUUGCGGAGAAAUUCAGAUAGAAAGAAAGCAAGGAAUAAAAAAACAGACCCAGAAACCAUGUCCAUGUCGAUGUCGAACGACAUUUUAAACAUCGUCGUGGUCGGGGACGGAACCGUGGGGAAAACGUGUCUCCUGCAUGCCUACACGGACGAAACGUUCAGCAUUGUGUACCAGCCGACGAUCUACGACAAGGAGUCCAUCGAGAUGGUCCUGGACGGGCGCAAGCACACGAUCCAGCUGCACGACACGGCCGGCCAGGAGGACUACGACCGCAUCCGGCAGCAGUUUUACAAGCGCGCCCACUGCUUCCUGCUCUGCUACAGCAUCAACAACCGGAUUUCGUUCGAAAACGUCACCACCAAGUGGGUGCCGGAGAUCACGGCCGGACAGCCGGUUCCGAUCGUGUUGAUCGCGACGAAAAUCGACCUGCGACGGGAGGCGGACAACGAAGUGACCACCGAGGAGGGUCAACGGUUGGCGCGGAAGAUUAACGCCAACUCGUUCGUGGAGAGUUCGGCGAAAAAUAACGUCAACGUUCAGCUGGCCAUCGAGGAAGCGGUCCGGGCCUGCUUCCAGGGCAUUCCGGAACAGCAGGAGGACGAGUGCUGUACGUUUUGCCCGCUGAUGUGAGGAAGGGGUGGUGGGAAGGGCUUUCUUUCUGGCAAUUUAAUGCAGAGACUUUUAGUUUGACUUAGUAAAUUUAUUUACAAACAAUACUUGUUUAACGCUACCUCACCCGACUGCUUUUUUUAAACUACUAGUUUAGCCGAAGCUACUUUUCUUUUUUUUUUUUUUCUUAGGAAGUACAAACGAACACACUUGUUAAUCGAUCAAAAUCGCGAGGAAAAAUCUUAAAUAAAGCUGUCGUCUUUUCCA